AUUAUACACACAUCGUAUAUUCUAUAGUUGUAUGCAUCGAUAUUCGAUAUAUCCGAUGUUCAGUCAUUUAAAAAUCAAACGUUUCAAAUCCUACUCAUAUCAUUAGUAAACGUUAUUGUUGAUAUCACUUGCUAACCAACAUGACAGUUCAAGCUUCUGGGGUUGUUCAUGACUUCAACGUCGACGUUUUGGUGCACUACUGCUCUCAACAUGUCCAAGCUUUCCCUUUGGCUCCGACCCAUGUGAAAGUUUCCCAGUUUGGGCAUGGGCAAUCCAAUCCUACAUACUUGCUGGAAGUAAGUUUAGGAGGAUCUUCGGUGAAGCAGUAUGUGUUAAGAAAGAAGCCUGCAGGGAAAUUACUACAAUCAGCUCACGCUGUAGAGAGAGAGUUUCAGGUUCUGAAUGCAUUAGGCGCUCAUACACUUGUUCCGGUUCCUAAGGUGUUCUGUUUAUGCACUGAUUCUGCGGUGAUUGGAACUCCAUUUUAUAUCAUGGAGUACUUGGAAGGACGUAUCUUUUUAGAUCCUAAACUACCUGGCCUAGCACCAAACAGGAGGAGGCAAAUAUACAGUGCUACUGCAAAAGCUUUGGCUUCUCUCCAUUCUGCUGAUGUAGAUGCCAUUGGUCUAGGAAAGUACGGGCGUCGAGACAACUAUUGCAAGCGACAGGUUGAUAGGUGGGCAAAGCAGUAUCUUGCUUCUACUGGAGAGGGAAAGUCUCCAAGGAAUCCAAAAAUGUUAGAGCUAGUUGACUGGUUGCAGCAGCAUAUUCCUUCUGAAGAUUCGUCUAGUGCCAAGGCAGGUCUAGUCCAUGGUGACUUUCGGAUUGAUAAUCUUGUAUUUCAUCCAAUUGAGGAUAAAGUGAUUGGUAUUCUUGACUGGGAGUUGUCCACCCUUGGAAACCAAAUGUGCGAUGUUGCAUAUAGUACCUUGCAUUACUUGGUAGAUGUUGAUGUUGACAAGUUACAGAAUGAAGGUAUUGAAGCUACUGGCAUUCCAGAGGGCAUUCCUUCUCUGCCUGAAUAUCUGGCAGAUUACUGCUCUGCUUCUGGGAAACCAUGGCCAGUUGAUGAGUGGAAAUUUUAUGUUGCCUUUUCACUGUUCCGAGGGGCAUCAAUCUGUGCAGGGGUACAUUGCAGAUGGAUAAUGGGUAAUGCCUCUGGUGGUAAACGUGCUCAAAAUUCAGGAUUAAAAGGUGACGCUCUUAUAGGAGCAGCAUGGUCUUUUAUUGAACAGAAGUCUGUUCUUCCACAGCAUCCUCCAUCUGAUAGGUUUGCACGAGGUCAUCGGGGGCAGUUCAACAAUAGUGAAGAUCAAAAUGCAUUAUCAGGAGGAUUUGUUCCUACGAAGAAGGUUGUGGAACUGCGAGAUAGAUUGAUGAAGUUCAUGGAGGAUCAUAUAUACCCAAUGGAAAGUGAAUUUAAUAAACUCGCCAACUCUUCCAUGCGUUGGACUGUUCACCCAGAUGAGGAGAAGUUAAAGGAAAUGGCUAAGAAACAAGGAUUAUGGAACUUAUGGUUACCUUUAGAUAGUGCUGCUAGGGCAAGGAAACUACUUUUUGAUGGGAAAAAUGACAACAAAGCAUUCGAUCAGUUGCUCGGUGCAGGUCUCUCAAAUCUGGAGUAUGGUUACCUUUGCGAAGUCAUGGGUCGUUCAGUUUGGGCUCCCCAAGUGUUUAAUUGUGGGGCACCUGACACUGGAAAUAUGGAGGUACUACUGCGCUAUGGUAAUAAAGAACAAAUGCAAGAAUGGCUUGUUCCACUGCUUGAGGGAAAGAUUCGGUCUGCUUUCGCCAUGACUGAACCUCAAGUUGCAUCUUCCGAUGCAACCAACAUAGAGUGUUCCAUUAAAAGACAGGGGGACUCAUAUAUCAUUAAUGGAAAGAAAUGGUGGACCAGUGGAGCAAUGGAUCCUAGGUGCAAGAUCCUUAUAGUAAUGGGGAAAACUGAUUUGAGUGCACCUAAGCAUAAGCAACAAUCCAUGGUCCUAGUAGAUAUCCAAAGUCCUGGUGUCCAAGUAAUUAGACCCCUCACGGUAUUUGGUUUUGAUGAGGCUCCUCAUGGGCACGCGGAAGUACACUUUGAGAAUGUAUGUGUGCCGGCAAAGAAUGUUCUACUGGCAGAGGGUGGUGGCUUUGAAAUUGCUCAGGGUAGGCUGGGCCCAGGAAGGUUACACCAUUGCAUGAGACUAAUAGGAGCUGCUGAACGUGGCAUGGAGUUGAUGGUCCAGAGAGCUCUUCAAAGAAAAACGUUUGGAAAAUUUAUUGCUCAACAUGGUUCCUUCCAGGCGGAUCUGGCCAAGUGUAGGGUAGAGCUUGAGAAAACCAGAUUGUUAGUCCUGGAAGCUGCAGACCAGCUUGAUCGGGUUGGCAACAAAAAAGCUCGUGGAAUUCUUGCAAUGGCAAAGGUAGCGGCCCCAAACAUGGCACUGAAGGUAAUUGACAUGGCAAUGCAAGUCCAUGGAGGAGCUGGUCUAUCAGGCGACACUGUUCUAUCACAUCUCUACGCUACAGCAAGAACUUUGAGAAUUGCAGAUGGCCCUGACGAGGUCCACUUGGGUACAAUUGCAAAAUUAGAACUACAAAAAGCAUCAAAGCUUUAAGAUCUUUAUACAUGAAAAUAUUAAAGAUACAUUCCUGAAAUAUGAGAAUAAAAGCAUGUAGUGGUGUAUUCAAACAAAUGAAUUGGCAUAUAGCUUUUGAAUAAAAGGAAGAGAGAUCAUUGUGACUGAUGAUACACACAGAAUACAUAACUACGAUUCAAAUUCAGACUUAUUUGUGAUAUAUUUUGCUGUUACUAGU